AUGCCAAGACGCAGUGAGCGACUUAUUUCAAGUGGGUAUUACUCAAAUGCCAGCUCUGUGACCAUCACCAGCUCCACUGGAUACACUGGCCAAACGUCUUACAGGAAAAGCCCACUGAGGAAUCCUAGGCCUAGGACCAGAAGGCACAAAGGAGCCAGCUCCUCUAGUGUGUCCAGCUCCUCCAGUGUGUCCAGUGAGGUUUCCCACCGGCCCAGGACCAACACCAGUGACAGUGAGUGUCUGUUCUCUGCCCCUGACCAGCACUCUGCCCCUGACCAGCACAGCAUAGCCCCUAGGUUGAAAACUGACAUAGCGAGUCUGAGGGUGGACACAAAGAAUGUGGAGCCUUAUGUGCACCGGCAGCGGGAACAGGAGAUGGCUGGAAUGCAGGGUCUGAUUAGUGGUUUAAAAGGGCAUGUAUCCGAUCUCCAGUCGACCUCUGACCUGAUUCAGCAGAGAAUGGACACCCAGGAGAAGCAGCAUGCUGAGAGUACCUCGAGACUGAAGCUGGAGCUGUGUGAUCGUAUGUUUAAGUUCCUUUCCUCAAGUGUCAGUCACCUGAAUGUGGUACUGCGCUCAGACCUCCAGGAGGAACUGGAGAACCUGGAGAAGAGAAUACUGGAGCGGCUUGGGCGGGACAGAGGAGAGCAGAGAACAGACGUCUGGAGAACUGUGGGAGAGACUCUUCGGCAGGAAGGAGCGGGAGCCGUCACCAUACAGGACAUGGAGAAGAUUGUUCAGAGAGCCCUGAGUUUGUAUAGAGCCGACGGGAUCGGGAUGGCGGACUACGCUUUGGAAUCUGCAGGUGCAAGUGUGAUAAACGCACGUUGUUCGGAGACGUACCAGACCAGGGCAGCGUCCUUAAGCCUGUUUGGGUUCCCUGUGUUCUGUUGGUCAGAGAGCCCUCGUGUGGUUAUACAGCCUGAGGUGUACCCUGGAAAAUGCUGGGCUUUCUGUGGUUCCGAGGGAUUCGUAGCGAUCUCUCUCUCCUACCCGAUCCACAUCACUCACGUGACUCUGGAGCAUCUGCCCAAAGUCCUGUCCCCGCCUGGACGGAUCGACAGCGCUCCACGGGACUUUGCUGUUUAUGGUAUGUCCAGUGUGAAUGAAGCAGGAAAUCUUCUAGGAAAGUUCAGUUACGAUUGGGAGGGAGAGUCAGUUCAGACAUUCAAACUGCCAAACUCUCCAGAGCAGAGGAUUUACAGGAUGGUGGAACUCCGUGUUCUGAACAACUGGGGUCACCCUGAGUACACCUGUGUGUACCGUUUUCGAGUUCACGGGGAACCAUUGUCUGUGUGA